AUGUCUGCCGACACAUCAAACCUCACAAAGGUCGACUCCGCCAUUGGCGGCGUGGCCGGCUCGCCACCCAAAGAACACCACACCAAACGAAGAACAACAUCCAGUGCUCCAGGUGUUAUGAACAUCAAUGAUCUCGAGAAAGAGGGCACCAAGAUCUCCGUCGCAGUUGAGACACAAAAAACAGGCUGGAAACUCAACACCUCACCUAGCUCGAUCGAAGAUGCAUCGAUCCUGAAAAAGCACCUCACAGAACCUCCCAUCAAGAAGAUCGACUUACACUUCCCCUUGGGUCUGGAAGUCACGGCGAGGAAUCUCAAGGGCGUGACCAUCAAAGAUGCUCUCGAUGCCAUCCACAAACAAUUCAAGAAGAAGGCCGAUGACGAGCUGGAAGAACCAUAUCUGAAAGGUUUCGAAUGGGACCCGGAAGAGUCGUGGACGAGACUGAAGGUGCACACUCAGAGAGAAGGCGCCCCAGCGAGCAAGAAGUCCAAGAAGAAGGCUGCUGAUAAUGAAUAA